AUGUCAGAUGGGGCUCGCCGGCCAGCCCAGCCGGAACCGGGCCGCUACGUGGGUCCCGAGGGUCACCUCGAGCCGUCAACAGUCGAUCAGCAUGUACCCACGGCGCAGGAGGUCGAUGUCAACGCAGAUGGGUUCCCCGAGGGCGGCAGGAAGGCCUGGACCGUGUUGUUCGGGACGUGGUGCGUGCUAUUCUGCACCUUCGGGCUGGGCAACAGCAUCGGCGUCUUCCAGACGUACUACGUCAACUAUGCGCUCCGUCAGUACUCUUCGUCCACCAUCUCGUGGAUCACCAGCUUCAUGCAGUGGGUCUUGAACUUCUUGCCUAUUGUUUGGGGCUUUGUGUUUGACAAGUUUGGUCCGAAGUGGCUCCUUGUCAGCGGAACUCUCAUCUAUGUCUUCGGAAUAAUGAUGGUCUCCUUGGGAUCGGAAUACUAUCAUUUCUUCCUCUCCCAAAGCAUCGUCUGUCCGAUUGGAGCCAGUGCCGUGACCAGCGCAAGCAUGUCUUGUCUGGUCACUUGGUUUCAUCGUCGGCGUGCUACCGCUUUCGGUAUCAUGAUGUCCGGGUCGUCUGUCGGCGGUAUCGUCCUACCCAUCAUGAUUCCGAAGCUAAUCGACCGCGUCGGAUUUCCUUGGGCGAUGCGUGCAGUGGGGUUCAUGUUCUUGUUCCUCCUCACCAUUGCCUGCGCGACCGUCAGAUCUCGCCUUGAGUUGGAUAAAAGGCCGGUAGACAUGAGGGAGUACGUCCGGGGUAUCAGAGAGCCGACAAUGAUGUCGACGGUCUUCGGACUAUUCUUGGUCUUUUGGGGGCUGUUCCUGCCCUACAACUUCGUCAUCCUGCAGGCCAGGGCGCAAGGGAUGGACGCUGACCUCGUCAUCUACCUGCUGCCGAUAAUGCAUGCAUUUGGGAUUGUUGGUCGUGUAAUACCGGGGCUGGUUGCGGACAAAGUUGGCCGUUAUAACAUCAUGAUCAUCCUCGCCACUCUCACAAGCAUCGCUUGUUUUGCCCUCUGGAUCCCGAUCAACAACGAUGCCGGGAUCCUGGUGUUCACUGCGGCCUUUGGUUGCCUGUCAUCAGGCCUGACAUCGAUUGGACCGACCUUGAUCGCACAGAUUUCAGACAUAAGGGAGAUCGGUGCCCGUACGGGUACAGCCUUUGCUUUUCAGUCGUUCGGUGCCCUCACAGGCAGUCCUAUUGCGAGUGCCAUCGUUGAUGCACGGGGAGGGGAUUAUCUUGGCUUGAAAUUGUUUUGCGGGUUCUCGAUCUUUGCAUCAGCAGUGGUGUUCUCAUCGGCGAGGUACUUCCAGGCUGGCGGUUUCAAGCUCAAGAAGGUCUGA